CGAACAAUACCUCAACGCUUACGCAUGCGUUCUUCCGUUUAGCAAUUAGCCGUUUGUCGUCCAGAUCCAAGCUCUCGAUUUAGCAACACAAUUUUCCAGAGUUUCGGUCUACUGUGGAAUAGAAACAUUUUCCACACCAGAGAUUAGGUGUUCAAGGUGAAAGGAUAGAACACAACAAACACUUCGGCGUUUUCUGCUGUGAAACCAUUUCACGACUGCCAAUGCAUCCGAACCGUAGGAUACAGUCGUGUCGCUAGCUUAGCACAGCUAGCUUGGCGAUAUUGCCUGUGUCGUUAAUGGGUUCACGGUACGAGGCUACCCCAUUAGAGAAAGUCAUCGGUGUUUAGUCAAUAACAUGGACACUGCCGAAGAAGCGGAUAUUUGCCGUGUGUGUCGCUCUGAGGGGACCCCAGACAAACCCCUCUACCAUCCAUGCGUGUGCACCGGCAGCAUCAAAUUCAUCCACCAGGAAUGUUUGGUCCAGUGGCUGAAACACAGCAGGAAGGAGUACUGUGAAUUAUGCAAGCACAGAUUUGCUUUCACACCAAUCUACUCUCCAGAUAUGCCCUCACGUCUGCCCAUCCAGGACAUCUGUGCUGGCCUGCUGACCAGUGUGGGUACAGCCAUCCGCUACUGGUUCCAUUACACGCUGGUUGCUUUCGCAUGGCUUGGAGUGGUUCCUCUCACUGCAUGUCGCAUCUAUAAGUGUCUUUUUACCGGCUCUGUGAGCUCUCUUUUGACACUGCCGUUGGACAUGCUCUCUACAGACAACCUCCUCGCAGACUGCCUUCAGGGUUGUUUUGUUGUCACUUGCACUCUGUGUGCAUUCAUCAGUCUGGUGUGGCUCAGAGAGCAGAUUGUCCAUGGUGGCGCCCCCCAGUGGCUGGAACAGCACCAGCCUCCGCCCCCUAACCUUGCUGGUCAACCCAAUGAGGGUCAAGCUCAAGGUCAGGGAGCAGCUGAUGAGCCCCCAGGGGCCCAACCAGACCCCGCCGAUCCUCCGGCUCAAAACGAGGCCGAGCCUGAACCCCCUGAUGGCCCUCCAGACCAGCCUGAUGACCCUGAGCUGGAAGAAGAGGGUGCACCUGCUGAAGAUGGAGAGGCCAAUAAUGGAGCUCAAGAUGACAUGAAUUGGAAUGCUUUGGAGUGGGAUAGAGCAGCAGAGGAACUCACAUGGGAAAGGAUGCUUGGUCUGGAUGGUUCCCUUGUAUUUCUGGAGCAUGUGUUUUGGGUGGUGUCUCUCAACACACUCUUUAUUCUGGUAUUUGCAUUUUGUCCCUACCACAUUGGACACUUCUCCGUUGUUGGCCUCGGCUUUGAGGAAUAUGUCCAAGCAUCUCACUUUGAGGGCCUUAUCACGACGAUUGUGGGUUACAUACUGCUGGCCAUGACUCUCAUCCUGUGCCAUGGACUUGCUGCUUUGGUCAGGUUCCAACGUUCCCGGCGUCUUCUAGGAGUCUGCUACAUUGUUGUCAAGGUUUCUUUGCUGGUUGUCGUGGAGAUUGGAGUUUUCCCGUUGAUCUGUGGCUGGUGGCUCGACAUCUGCUCUUUGGAAAUGUUUGACGCCUCAUUGAAAGACAGAGAAAUGAGCUUCAAGUCAGCACCUGGCACCACCAUGUUCCUGCACUGGCUUGUGGGUAUGGUGUACGUGUUCUACUUUGCGUCUUUCAUUCUGCUUCUAAGAGAGGUUCUGAGGCCCGGAGUGCUCUGGUUUUUAAGAAACCUCAAUGACCCGGACUUCAACCCAGUUCAGGAAAUGAUUCAUUUACCCAUCUACAGACACCUGCGGCGGUUCAUCCUGUCUGUGGUGGUCUUUGGCUCAAUCGUGUUGCUGAUGCUGUGGCUGCCAAUCAGACUUAUAAAAGUGUUGAUGCCCACUUUCCUUCCGUACAACGUAAUGCUCUACAGUGACGCCCCUGUCAGUGAGCUAUCACUGGAGCUCUUAUUACUUCAGGUUGUCCUCCCGGCCCUGUUAGAGCAAGGACACACUCGCCAGUGGCUGAAAGGUCUGGUCAGAGCCUGGACAGUCAGUGCUGGCUAUUUAUUAGACCUCCACUCCUACCUCCUCGGUGAACAGGAGGACAAUGAUGCCAACCAGCCUGCAAACAACAACAACAACAACAACCCUCCUCACGGUCCUCAUAACAACAACAACAACCCAGCUCCAGCUGUUGGGGAAGGACUGCAUGCGGCACAUCAGGCCAUCCUGCAGCAGGGGGGGCCAGUGGGUUUCCAGCCAUACCACCGACCCCUGCGCUUCCCAUUCAGAAUUGUGCUCCUGAUUAUUUUCAUGUGCAUCACUCUCCUAUUAGCCAGUCUGGUGUGCUUAACUCUACCAGUAUUCACAGGCCGCUGGCUUAUGUCCUUCUGGACUGGAAACUCUAAAAUCCAUGAGCUGUACACAGCAGCGUGUGGUCUGUACGUCUGCUGGCUCUCGGUGCGUGGAGUCACUGUGUUGUUGGCGUGGAUGCCACAGGGACGCAUCGUAAUCAUUCACAAAGUCCAGGAAUGGACACUCAUGAUCCUGAAGACCCUGGUUGUGGCUUUGCUGGUUGCUGGAGUCAUCCCACUGUUACUGGGGCUGCUGUUUGAACUGGUGAUUGUGGCCCCACUUAGAGUACCACUAGACCAAACACCUCUGUUUUAUCCUUGGCAGGAUUGGGCUCUUGGAGUUCUCCAUGCCAAAAUCAUUGCAGCCAUCACCCUCAUGGGCCCACAGUGGUGGCUUAAGGUUGUAAUUGAGCAGGUUUAUGCAAAUGGAAUUCGCAACAUUGAUCUCCAAUUCAUAAUCCGAAAGCUGGCAGCUCCUGUUAUCUCAGUCCUGCUGUUGUCCCUGUGUGUGCCGUAUGUGAUUGCUGCCGGAGUGGUUCCUGCUGUCGGUGUUACCCCUGAAAUGGAGAUCCUGAUGCAGAGGAGAAUCUAUCCAUUCCUCCUGAUGGUGGUGUCACUCAUCGGCAUCCUGUCUUUCCAGAUCAGACAGUUUAAACGACUUUAUGAGCACAUCAAAAAUGACAAGUACCUGGUCGGUCAGAGGCUUGUCAACUACGAACGGAAAUCUAGCAGAGCAAACUCUAUCCCAUCCUCCAACCCCAUAGCAGAAUAACAUCUUUGUGUCCAAUGUGUGCCACAUUUUUGCACCAGUUACCCACUGUAGACCCCCCCCUCUGCACAGGGUAACUGUAGAGGGUAUAAACAUCAUGUGUAUUUUCAUUCAUGCCUUGCUUUUUGUGAAGCGCUGCCUCAUAAAUUGUACAUGUGUAAAUACUUUGAAAGCAGACUUUGUCUUAUGAAAAAGGACAGUUGUGGAUUAAUGCAAUGACCAUUGUACAUCUUAAAACCUGUAUGUAUAAUUUAUUAAAUCAAAGUGACAGUUUA